AUGGAGCACUGGAAUUCCACUCUGGAAAGUGGCUUCAUCUUGGUGGGGAUUCUGAAUGACAGUGGGUCUCCUGAGCUGCUCUGUGCCACAAUCACAGUCCUGUACAUGUUGGGCCUGACCAGCAAUGGCCUGCUGCUCAUCAUCAUCACAGUGGAUGCCCGGCUCCACGUGCCCAUGUACCUCCUGCUCAGGCAGCUCUCACUCAUGGACCUCCUCUUCACAUCUGUUGUCACUCCCAAGGCCAUCUUGGAUUUUCUGUGCGGUGAAAAUACCAUCUCCUUUGGGGGCUGUGCCCUUCAGAUGUUCCUGGCACUGUUGCUGGGUGGUUCAGAGGCUCUACUGGCCUUCAUGGCCUAUGACAGGUAUGUGGCCAUUUGCUAUCCUCUGAACUACAUGGUCCUCAUGAGGCCCAGGGUCUGCUGCCUCAUGGUGGCCACAUCCUGGAUCCUGCCAUCCCUGAGUGCCCUCGGACAUACCAUGUAUACUAUGCACUUCCCUUUCUGCACAUCCCAGAAGAUCAGGCACCUACUCUGUGAGAUCCCACCUCUGCUGAAGUUGGCCUGCGCAGAUACCUCCAGAUAUGAACUCAUGGUGUAUGUGAUGGGUGUGACCUUCCUGAUGCCCCCUCUUGUUGCUAUCCUUGCCUCCUACACACUAAUCCUAUUUACUAUACUCCAUAUGCCCUCAAAUGAGGGGCAUCAGAAGGCCCUCGUCACCUGCUCUUCCCACCUGACUGUGGUCGGAAUGUUCUAUGGAGCUGCCACAUUCAUGUACAUCCUGCCCAGUUCUCUCCACAGCCCAGAGCAGGACAACAUCAUUUCUGUUUUCUACACGAUUUUCACCCCAGCCCUGACCCCCUUAUCUACAGCCUCAGGAAUAAGGAGGUCAUGGGGGCCUUGA